AAAUUACUCGGUUAGAGGGAAACAUGUCAUAACGUGUCGUGUCAUUAUGGUUUCGCGUACCGCACAUUUCGUAGUUUAUUGUUAGUUUUCGUUAUUUCGCCGGUAAAGGAACAUUAAUAUAGGUUAUAAUUACUGUUUAAAUGAUGAGUGCUCGCUGUAAGAAGUUGUUGGAGUUAGCUAUGAGGCAAAAAGAUUCAGAGGAUUUAACUGUGAAACAACGUAUGAGAGAACGUACUCCAUUAGCUCAGAAGGAUAUCUUGCGAUCCCUGCCCGGCCCGUCAGGUACUCUGGUAGCUCAGCAAGAUAUCUUGCAAUCUUUGCCCGGCCCGUCAGGUAAUCGAGCUUAUAGUUCUGAUCGUACUUCUCUCGGCGAAGAUUAUAGUUCUGAUGACGAUGCGCAGGAUUGUAAUUGGUUCCCUGCUGGUACACAUGAUGAACACGUGUCAUCAUCGUUAUCUAGCAAGACAUCUACCCCUAGAAGUAUUGGAAGCCUUACUGUCCCAGCUGUCCCAGCGUUGGUUUCUCAAACACAGGAUGAUGUGAGAAAAAAAAGGAAGCGUGGUGUCGGUAUGAUGCAAAGAAAACUCCGUAAAGAAAGAACAGAAAAAAUUAAAAGAGGGGAAGAAUACAUAAAUCAAGCUGGGAAAAAAAUAUUGGGUAAAUCUGUAGGUGAACUAAAAGAAUGCAGAUUAAAAUGUAAAACUAAAUUUACAAAUGCACAAUUACAAAGAGUUUUUGCGGAUUAUCGCGCCAUGGAAACUAGGGAUAUGCAACGUUUACAUUUAAGUAAUCAUAUACUAUUAACACCGCCAAUUAGAGUUAAACAGGUUGAAAACAAAAAGAAAAGAGAAGUAUCUGUAGAGUACUUUAUUGAAAAUGAAGGUAAUUUAGUAAAAGUUUGUCAAAACUGUUUUCUUAACGUGUAUGGUGAGAAUCGUGGUUUUGUGAACGGCAUAAUUGACAAGAAGAAAAAGUCAGCUACAGGUAUCAUUGGACGGGAUGAAAGAGGCAGACAUGAGCCAAAAAUUAAACAUUCAAGUGAAGCAAUUGAUUAUGUGCGUAAUCAUAUUUCUAAUUUCCCUGCAUACGAAAGCCACUAUUCAAGACGACACACUACGAAAAAAUACCUGGAGACUGGCUUGAAUUUACAAAAAAUGUAUAACUUAUACCUAGACCAACAUACCAUGGACAACAUAACUACAAAAAUAGUUAGCAUUUCUACAUAUAGUAAUAUUUUUAAGACAUUCAAUUUAAAAUUUAAAAAGCCACAUAACGAUACUUGUCAUACUUGUGAUACAUUUGUAGCAAAAAUAAAAAUUACUAUAGAUGACACCGAGAAAACGAGACUACAUGACGAACAUGUCUCUCAUCAGGAUAAAGCGAAUUUCCAUUACGAAUGUAAAUCAUUCGAUAAACAACGCGCCAAGGCAUCUGGGAAUACUAUCGUUGUCGCUGUGUGUGAUUUACAGCAGUGUCUCGCUACACCAUACUUAAAUACUAGUGUAGCAUUUUACAAAAGGAAGCUAUGGACUUUUAAUUUCACAGUCAGAAAUUGUAACACUGGGAAAACUACUUGCUUCAUGUGGCAUGAAGCUAUCGCGCAACGUGGUGCUGACGAAAUAGCAUCUUGCUUAAAAAUGUUCAUAAUGAGUUUACCCGAAGAAACAGAGCACGUUAUUAUUUAUUCAGAUACAUGUCCCGGACAGACCCGCAACAACACAUUACCUGUUGUAUAUAACUACAUACUUACGCAGAAAGUUGGUUUGAAGACUAUAGAUCAUAAAUUUCUAGUUCCUGGUCAUACACAUUUAGAGUGUGAUGCUGACCAUGCCUCAAUUGAGCGUGCCAAGAAGAAAUAUAAUGGAAGAAUUUCAAUUCCAAAUGACUGGUACAUGCUUGUGAGAAUGGUCAGCAGUAAGUUCACUGUGAUAGAAUUGUCACAAGACGACAUUUUUGCAUUUUCGAGCAUUCUAAAGCAGUCGCUUAUAAAGAAGACCAAAGAUCAAAAUAACGCUCCUUUUCUGUGGCGUAAUAUAUUUUGGAUACGUGUCGAGAAAGAACAUCCUUGUUUCUUUUCUUUUAAGUAUUCACUGAGAGUGGAAGACGAGUUUAAAAUAUGUGACAUGAAGAGGAAAGCUAGAGCCAGUCGAAGCAAUCAACCAAUAAUGGAUGUUCGUAAGGCAUACAAUCAGCCAUUAUUAAUAAGUAAAGAAAAACAUAAGGAUAUUUUAUCUUUAUUACAGUACAUUGAUCCAGUGUACCAUGAUUUCUAUAACAAUGUAAUAAAGUCUGACAACGACGUAGUAGACACAUCACAUAUAAGUGAUUAUAAUUCCGAUUCUGAAUAGAAAUUAUUCUAUUAUUAAGUCUAUUAUCUUAUUUUUUUAAUGCUGCUUCGAGCGCAAUGUUAUAUGCCAAAUAUUCUGCAUUGGCAUUUUAAAUCUAAAUAAAGUAUUUUUCUCAUA